AUGAUUAAGAGAUUAACUUUAUCUUUAAAAGAAGAACACACUAGUUUUAAACGCAGUGAUGCCGAAAGUGGAAGUUUUUUAGAAAGUAGAAAAUAAGGCAAAAAUAACUCAGUUAAUGUUGAAGAAUGUAAAGAAAAACUCAAAUUAAUGCAUAUGUGUCAUUAAUUAGAAAAUAAAUAGCUUGUUCCAUACACAACUUGUCAAUCACUUUGUUCAACAUAUGUUGGAUUUAGUUGUUGCUUUAUUAUAUCUAAAAAGAAAUCAGAUCUUGAUUAGCAAGGAAUUGCUGUCACUGCAAUAAAUAGUAAUAUGACUAAACUUGAAAGUUACAGUAGUUACCUUGCAUAUACAUUUGUAGGAACUUGGGGAUAUGAUGUUUGGGCUUGUUUAAUUGGAAAUCAUCAGGAUUUAAUUCAAUCAAAUGACAAUUAUUUAAUUUGUUAAACUGGAACAUUAGACGCAAAUUUUUAUUAAUUUGGAUUAGUGUAUCCAACAAACAUUACAAAUUAUUAUGGUUGCUAAUUCACUUAAUUUGAAAGUACUAUACCUAAAUGUAAUUAUGAUCCUUAUAAAUAUUUAAGUGAAAAAUGCUAAAACUAAUCUUCGUGCUAUAUUGAUUAUAAUGAGUUGGUUCAAACGGCAUUUUUAUAAACAGAUGAAUGCACAAAAAUGCUAAAAACUUAUUAGAUUUUUAUUUCUUUACCAUGCAAAAAUUCUUAUAUGAAUAUUGGAUCUCUUUAGAUUUCUAAAUUUACUUUAUCAAUAUUCAUAGUCAUGGUUGACACUGUUAUAUUUUUUAUAUUUUUAAUAGCUGUUUAUUCUAUGAAUAAAAGCAACAAAAAGAUCUCUGAUUAAAUUACAAUAAAUAACUGCAUGGCUGAGAAUUUUACUAUUUUAAUAAAAAAUUUACCUAAUAUAUAAUAAGAUUAGCUAGUGUCAAAGCUAUGGGAACAUCUUUAAAAUUAUCUUGAUUAUAAGAGCAAGUAAAAAAAUUAGGAUUAAAUUAAAAUAAUUGACAUUAAAUUGGGUUUGAAUUUCACUCAGAUAAAAUAUUAAAAGAAAAUUUGCAAACUAUCAAAGCAUAUUGAAAAGCAUAUAUUUAAGUUUGUGAAAAAAUAUGACAAAGAAAAUUGUAAAUUGAAGUUUGAAUAAAAUAUAACAAUUAAUCAUUUGAGAGCUAUUUAUGAAUUGAUAGAAGAUCUUAAAUUAAAAUCAAUGGCAAAUAUAGAUUUACAAAAAAUAAUUAAACUAAAGGCUGAUAUUUAGGAAUUGAAAAUGAAAGACUUUAAUAUGUCUUAAUAAAAAAACGGUAUUGAUUUUGCUUGGGUAACUUUUGAAACAAUGGAUUAGAAGCAGAGAGCUUUUAGGCUUUUGGCUCGCUAAAUUAUUACUCAUAAAAUUCACUUUUACCAAAAAGUACUUAUAAUUGAAAAAACUGUUACUCCUGAUAGCAUUAAUUGGAAAAAUUUAUAUUACUCUUUUACAAAUAGAUUGUUCAGAAAAUUUUUUUCAUUUGUUGUGUCUGCAAUUAUUUUAGUGGGAUCUUUUGUUGUUGUCGGGAUUCUAAAAUCGUUACCUACAUAUUUUACAGUUUAAUAUCCAUCAGUUAAUUGUAACACAAAAAAAUAUUAAACAAUAACAAAAGAGGAUAUAGAACAUAUUUCUUAAGAUACAUCAGAUUAUGACAGAUUUGUUUUAAUAGAGUGUUUUUGUUGGUUAAAAAACUAUUAAUAUCAUUUACAAUCGAAUUUGUACUCUAUUUGCAAUGAUUGGUAUAAAAACUAUUUAUCAAAAAUUUUUCUUCCUAUUGGAAUCGUUGUUGUACUCUUCAUAGUUAACUAUGUUAUACAAAAAAUACUUACUAAAUUAUCUAAAUUUGAGAAGGAAAAGUUUUUAAAUAACUAAAUGAACUCAACUAUAGAUAAGAUCUUUCUUGUCUCUUUCAUAAACACAGCCCUUAUUGUGUUCUUCACAAAUAUGAAUUUCAGCUCUAACAACUCUAAUACUACCUAUCAUAAUUUCAUGUAAAAAGCAUUUGAUUCAGGUCUAUACUAUGCAUUUAAUCCGGAAUGGUAUAGAAAUGUAGGUAUUAUAUUUUCGAUCAGCUUGCUUACUAAAGCAUUUGGUCUUCCAUUAGGAAAAAUUUUUUUCUAUUACUAUAAAAGAGUUCUAUACUUUUUUGAUUAAAGAUGUACUUGGAACCAAAAUAAAACUAAAUGCAAAAAUAAUAAAGAAUGGCUUAAGUUGAGGUAAGGUCCUAAAUUUAAUAUUUAAUACAGAUAUGCUUAGCAUUUAGUAGUUCUAUUCUUUAUGAUGGCACUAGGAAAUGGAAUGCCUUUAGUUUAUUUUGCUUCCCUGUUUUACUUUAUAUUUUCAUUCUAUUCUGAUAAAUUUUUAGUCUUCAAAUUUUGCAGAAAAUCAAAACCUCUAGAUAACUAAAUGGCUUAGCACUUUAAAAACCUCUUAUAUUUAAGCUUUUUGCUUCAUUACUAGACAUCCAUUAAUACUUUAUUCAAUGUCUAAAUAUUUUUUGAUUUCUGCAGUAAAUAUUUAAUAAUAACUAAAGGUGGUGCAUUGAGUAAAGUUAUUAAUUGGUAAAACCCAUUUUUAGCUCCUAUCUCUAUUGGAUGUAUAGCUAUAAUUAUAAUAUAUAUUUUAAGGAUAACCCUAAAACCUUUACAAAUUUAUAAAGUAUUUUGCAAAAAACGUAAUUCAGAAUCUGAAAAAAAAAGUAUAAUUAAAUCAAAUAAAUUUUAUGAAUUUAUGGAAAAAGGAUAAAUUUAAACAGAGAUUUAAUUAAUAGAAUAUUCAUUUUAUUACAACUAACCUGAUACUUACUUGAAAUAAAGGCUAAUAGAGAAAAAAGACAUUUUGUAAAAUUAUCUUAAUUAGAUAGACUAACAUCCUCCUCUACUCACAUUUUUAGGAAAUUACUCUUAUGAUUAUAAAAUAAAUGAAACUUUUCUAGGAAAGCUUAGAUGGGAAAAAGAUUUAAAAAUAUGGAAGCUUGAGUAAACUUAAUCUCAUAUUUAACCAAUUAAUUCAUCUGACUGCAAGAAAAGUAGUUUACCAUAAAUUAAGUCUAAUUAAAAUAAUAACGUAGAAGGUAGUUAGGAAAGCUAAAAUAAAUAAUUUAUAAAGUAGCAAACAUUUAACAGAUGGUAAAAUAAUGAUAUUAAAAAGUAAGAAAUAUAAGAUAUUUAGUUAUAUAAUAAGAGCUUAAAAACUUAGUAUACUCGUAUGAGAAAAACUUUAAAAAGUAUGAAAACAGAUAAACUAAUCCUAAGAAGUUCAUUCAAUUAGACUCUCUAAAAUACUAUAAAAAUUGAAAACUUAAGUUUACCUAUUAACUCUAACAACUUAAUUAGUGCUUCCUAAACAAAUGAUAAUUUGAACCAUGUAAAAGAAUCAAAUUAAGUAAUAGUUAGUAGUCCUGUGUCUAAAGAAAUCUUUUAACUCCAAGGUGAAAAAGGACUCCAAGGAGUAAAUGGCCAAAGCAAAUAAAAUGCAUUUUUUAAAUAGAGCUAAUAAGAUGAAGAAAUUAUUCUAUAUAAUGUAUUGUCUAACCAAGAUGAUCAUAAAAUCGAAACAAAUUUAUAAAUUUAGGAAAAAGAAAAUAAGCAGAUAAUUCAUAUCUCCAAAGAAGUGUUAUCUGAAAUAAGGUCAGUUGAUAAUUAUUAAGAAUAAUCUAAAUUUCUAUUUGAUUUAGAUUCUUUAGAUGGCAAAAUCUAAAGAUUACAAAACCUCAACAUUAAAUUAUGA